AUGGUUGUGAACCUAGACAUAGACGUUGCCGGCCUGGGGCUCUACGUCUUCCACAACAUUUGCAUCGUGGCGGGCGGGCUCAGGACUCCCUGGCUCGCCGCCCAACAAGGUUCCUUGCGGUCGUAUAACGAGAGAGCUGUUCAGCGGGAUAUUGGCCGGCUUUAUAUCGCGGUGUGCGACCGGUGGUUCGAGCGCAUGGAGACAUCGAAGGGCGGAGAGCAGUUGGCAAAGGACUUGGGUGUUUUCGAACGUGGACAGAUCAGUGUACUUCUCGAGGUCACCUCCGGGAACAUACUUAAGCCUUAG